GUCCAAGUGUCGAGUUUAUACAUUCUGUGAAAGUACGUGUAAUCCUCUCCACAGCUUUCAAAGAUUCCUUCUGCUCAUCUACAUCUUUUCUUUUUUCAACCCCCAACACCCUUCACUCACUAAACCUUUUUCUGUUUCUUCUGCACAAAACUAUAUCCUUCAAUCUGAAAUUGCUGCACACGACUUCGAUUCUGUUCAACUUUUUUCAUUCCGACGUCCAAAUCAAGUGCUGUCAUUAACAAUUUUCACUCCAAGAACGACCCCUCUAAGGAAAAUGAAGAACAUGGCAAGAGCAAGAGUAGAAGAGUUGGUGCUGUUCAGAAAGAGGACGAAUGAGAAGGAGAAUGUGACAGAAAGCAAACAAGAAAACAUGUCAAAGAAAAAGUCCAAUAUUUGUGGUCACAAUAAGAAGAAUGAAGGAGGAAAGGAGUUGCUGAAGGUGAUAAGGGAAGAGACAGAGAAGUUGAGCAUAAAAGAAAACAAAGAGAAAUCAGGAACACAUUCUAAGGUGUGUUAUUGUGCACCAACCACUCAUGAAGGUUCAUUCAGGUGCCGUCUCCACCGCAAGAAACCAGCGACAGAUGCUAAGAGCAAUCCGAGGAUGAAUUCUCAGUGCACAACAAAAGUGAUGGUGGAGUUUCAGCCUCAUUUUUCAAUGCUUGGUAGGGUUCCCUCUGUUCAAGUUGGAACACAUGGUAGCCUACUCAAACUAUCGAGGAUGGAUUCUGUUUAAGGAUUUUGGCUUAGUUUCUUGUUCAACUUAUAGGCUAGAGAGGAGUGUUUGUUUCGUGUCAUUCUUUCUCCAUUCUCAUGAAUGUGAUGUUGAAAAUAAAUGUUCAUACUUUUGUUAAGUAGUUAUGAAGAUAUUCUUGGUGUUGAUAAA